AUGAAAUUUUUUAAUGAUUUUUAGUUAAAGUUUUAAGAAAAAGAAUUGGAAGAGAAAUACUAAAUAGAGAAAGCAAAUGAAAUAAAAAAACCUGUAUUUUAAUUUAUACUAUUUCUUUCCUUUUGUUCUAAUAUUAUAGUAUUAGCACUUCAUUUUUUCGAUAAGCCUUCAGAAACCUGGUAUAUAAAUUUGAUAUUGACUAUUUUGGCAGUAAUUUAAAUUAUAUUUAUUCUGAUACUCAAACAACUUUAAUAUAUUUAAAUUGCUUUAACAUUUAGCAGUAUUGCAAUAGGAAUUUUAUAACUUAAUGUCGAUCCAUUAAAUACUACUUAAACUGAAUUUUAUACUUAUGGAUGUUUAUUUAUGUAAUUUUAAGCAGUCCUAUUCAUGAUUUCUAGUUUUAAUCAUGCAUUUAUUUAAUUAAUCUGUAGUCUUGCAAUAAGAACAUCAAUUACUACUGUCUAUUCAAAUAGGCCAGAUUAUUUAUCUAUAUUUGUAGGACUAUUUGGUUGUAUUUUAAUACUUAUUACAAUAUAUGUAAGAGACAAAAAUGAAAGAAGAUAUUUCAUACAAAAUUUAAAGGAAAAUAAUCUAAAAAAAUUAGGAAAAUUUUUGAUAAAUAAACCAUAUCUUAAAAUAUAAUUUUUUGAAGAUGAAUAAAUUUUUAAAUUACUAAGUUAAAGCCAAAUUAACAAUUUUCCUGGUUAUAAUUAAUAGAUAUGCAAUGGAUGUAAUGCAAGAAAUAUGUUAAGAAAUUAUUUAUUAGAAAAUGGAAUGUUAGAGUAAAUAUUAUUAAAUCAGCCUGAUUUUAUAAAGUUUGGUUGUACUUUAAUGGUUAAAUGUGAAAAAAUAAAAUUUCUAAUUAAGUUGUGUCUUAUAGAUCCUCAACAUCGUUAAUACUUAAUUAUUUUUUAAGAAUAUCAUUAAAAAAUUGUAAAGGUUCUAUAAUAAGAAAAGGAAUAAAAUAAAUUAAAAGACUUUUUAAAAUAAAAUCAAGUUUAUUAUCAUUAAAAAGUAUUUAAUUUAGGGGCUUUUAGCGUUUUGCUUUUAAAUAAUUAAGUUAUAAAGAGAUUCGAGUUCAAAUAACUUUUAUUCAAAAUAGUCAGGAUUUAUUAAUCAAGAUUUUUUCCAAAUAUCGAAAUAGAAAUCUAAGCAAAAGAUACUUAAAUUUAUAUUUGUUAAUAUUUACAUUAAUUAAGAAUCUUUUUCAUUUAGGUAUUUGAAAUAAUUUCCGAAAUCACUUUAUAGGAUAAGGAGAAAGUGUAGGUAAUUAUUAAUUAGAGUCUGAAUAAUAUUGAAUUUAAUAUAGAGGGUUUGAAUCAAAAACUCUUUGAAUAAAAAUUUUGUGAAAAUUAUUUUGUUAAUCGAAUUAAAAGUUUAUUAUUAGAUGAUUGCCAAUUUUCUGAAACAAAAACUACAUUCGUCUUUAUAAAUUACCCUUUGGGAACAUAUUAUUAUAAGAAUUAAUGA